UGUCGUCGAGGCCCUAACCGCAGUUGUGUGACCGCGUUCGGCGGGCGAGCACGGAAAAUAAGACAGAGGGACAGCAGUGAGUCGGAAUACCUACGAAAGCCGCUGGAUUUGUGCAGUGCCUCGAAUAGUUAUAGUUCGUAAAUUAGUCGCGACUGGUAACUGGUGACAGUGCCCCGAUAGCCAGAUAAGGCAAGAGUUCCGCGAAAGUGACUCCGAGGCAAAGUGAAACCAUGAGGAGGUGUCGCAACACCCCGACUGCAAUUGUCAUUGCCCCGAUCUUGAUUUGUGCUUCGUUGGUUUUGGGCCAAGAUUUUGGCUAUCGAGGAAGUCAUGGUCCUGAGCACUGGGGCGAGGACUAUGCCCGUUGCAGUGGGAAGCACCAGAGUCCCAUAAACAUCGACUUGGUUAAUGCCGUAGAGAAGAGGUUUCCCAGUCUGGAGUUCUUUAACUUCAAAGUGGUGCCCGAGGCUUUUCAGAUGUCGAACAAUGGACACACGGUGCUGGUGAAGAUGAGUUUCGACGAGGACAAGGUGCCAACUGUGAGGGGAGGUCCUUUGGCGGAGAAAACUCCUUUGGGCUACCAGUUCGAGCAGUUCCACUUUCACUGGGGCGAGAACGAUACGAUAGGCAGCGAGGAUCUGAUCAAUAACCGUGCCUAUCCCGCCGAACUGCAUGUGGUACUUCGCAAUCUGGAAUAUCCCGACUUUGCUAGCGCUCUGGAUAAGGAUCACGGCAUCGCAGUGAUGGCCUUCUUUUUUCAGGUUGGCGUCAAUACAACUGGGGGCUAUGAGGGCUUCACGAAUUUGCUAGCCGAGAUUGAUCGCAAAGGCAAAACCGUCAACAUGACCAACCCGCUUCCCCUGGGAGAAUAUAUUUCGAAGCAUUUGGAAAGCUACUUCAGCUACACGGGUUCUCUAACCACUCCACCUUGCAGUGAGGAGGUUACCUGGAUCGAUUUUACAGUCCCCAUUGACAUUACGGAGAAGCAGCUAAAUGCCUUCCGCCUGCUGACCGCCAACGAUGAUCAUCUGAAGAACAAUUUCCGACCCAUCCAGCCACUAAACGAUCGUACCCUGUACAAGAACUAUAUAGAGGUGCCGUUGCACAAUUUGGGAUCGAUUCCGUUUACUGAUGCGGAAAACGCGGCUGGAAAGUGGAGGCCCCAAUCGAUGGCAGUCCUGCUCCCCGUUUUUGUCCUCGUGGCCCUGUUGAGGACCUCUUUUUUCAGUGGUUUUUAAUUUGAGCUCUGCGGCGGGGAAUCGAAGGUUAAAUCGUUAAAUGCCUAGCAUGCGCUUAGGCGUCCAAUUAAGCGCCGUAAUUUACAUUUUCCGUUCUUGUUCGCCCUCGCUGUUUGUUUUUCAAACACGAGUCCUGGUAAUUUCCCCAGCACGGACUAUCCUGCCGGCAGGACAUCCAUAUAACUAAGGCUGGGCGGACGGCGAAAUUAUUAAACCCGAAUGGGCGUAGCUUCGGCUGUCACGAUACCCUUACUCAUCAAUUAUGCAGCACCUCGCACUGAAAUUGUCCGCCGCAUCGCAUCCGUCCAAAGAGGCCUGUUGUCAGUGCGGGGGAAACCGAAACCCACUUGGCAAUGCACAUUGUGAUUUUAAAUGCUUGGCACAAGCAUUAUUCGUGUACCUUAGAUUUAAGACUUGUAAACAUUUUUAUGUAAUUAAAUGUAUCUUUUAAAUUA